CUUUCAAGUAAAGCAGUUUGUUAGCCGUCACUCGUUCAACAUGGCUGGCCCAAAGUCAUCCUCAAAACCCUCAACUGCGUCGUCAGAAACCUAUGUGGCAGUUUCAACGUUGUGGAAAUCAUACCUUGAUCAGACCCCCGACCGCCUCAAGUUCAUUGACGCUUUCUUGGCGUUCACUGUGCUUAGCGGAGUGCUGCAGUUCGUGUAUUGCGUACUUGUCACGAACUUUCCUUUCAAUGCAUUCCUUGCCGGGUUUGCAAGCUCAGUAGGCCAGUUCGUUCUGACCGCAUCCCUCCGCGCACAAGUCAACCCCGAAAACAGAUCUGAAUUCAAGGAAGUCUCGCCUGAAAGGGCAUUUGCAGACUUUGCCCUUGGCUCCAUUGUGCUGCACUUCUUCGUAUUUAACUUCCUCGGAUGAACGUGUAUAA